UAUAACAUAAGGCUUCUGUCAUCAAAUAUGAAUGGGUGAGUUUAUCAAAACAGCCAAAGAUGCACGUUUUGAUGGCUUGAUCAGUUUUCGAUUCUUGCUCCCCACUAUCUCAUUCAGGCUCUCCCACUUCUCUCUUCUCGUUUCUCGAAGCGUUUCACUUGUUGUCUUCCUCCUCUCAGCCCCCUCCUUUAUUUUACUCGGUUCACAACAUCAUCACUACCAGCGACUUACAUUAUUACUAUGCGUGAGAAGAUAAAAAAAAAAAAAAAGGUGAAGAAGACAACAAGUUAUCGACAGCAAUGGAGGAUAAAAAAGAUUAAGGAAACACGUCGAAGGAGCGGGAGCUUGAACUAGAUGACAUUGGUGAGAAAAUUGGAUUUGAAUUUGGAUUUGGAAGGGAAGUGGAGGUGGAAGACUGUAAUUUUGGAACCAAGAAGAGCGAGCAAGGAGAGCAAAGCCAUCGAUUUUAAUUCAUUGGCUGUUUUUGGUAAUUUUACAUGUAGAUGAUGUAAUUGGAAGGAGAAAAAAAACUUCUGUUUUCAAAAAUCUAUGUCAAAUUUCAUUCUGGACAACUCGAACAAAAGAUUUUAUUUGAUCGGAAGUUUUGUAUGAUAAAAAGCAUUGAACUGUUUUAUUUUAUAAAAUCUGUAUGAAAGAUACUGAAAGUUUAUUAUAACGUUUUGGUUUUAUCUAAAAACUAUUAAAAGGUUAAUGGAACUCUUUAGUUUUUAGAAGCUUGUUUGAUUGAAAAUUUUUCAUCUCUCAAGUACCAUUCAAAAUGAAUUUCAAAGCUUGAUAUGUAGGUCCGAAUUCAAUCUGAAUUAUGAAAUGUGUAAUAAAUAAAUGAUGAUGAACUUGGAGCCAAAAAUUUCAGAGCUAUUACCAAGAUGCAACUUUGCGCAGCUCAAACAAAUCCACGCUCUUCUCUUAACCACUUCCAUUCACCAAAACAUCCAUAUUUCCUCCAGCUUUCUUCGACGAACCACCGAAUUUGGGAUCAUGGAUUACGCUAAUCUCGUCUUUUCUCAUCUCAAUCCCAGUUUCAAAACCGAAAUUCAAUUCUGGAACGCAAUGAUCAGGGGUUACGCUUUCAAUGGCCCUGCUCACCAAUCUUUGUCCUUGUAUGGCGAUUUGCUUCAAAGAGGACUCAAACCCCAUAGUUUCACCUACCCAUUUGUUCUAAAGUCGUGUGCUGAUUUGGGUUGGUUCUGGGAUGGAAAGAAAGUGCAUUGUCGAAUUCUCAAGACUGGGUUUUCAUUGAAUUCUUCAGUUUCUGAUGCUCUUUUUAAUUUAUAUGUCAACUUUUCAAAAUUUACUGGACCUAAGGAUGCUGCUGAUGGGAUGGCUUCUGAUGCUCGCAAGGUGUUCGAUGAAAUGUGUGUCAGAUCUGUUGAAGUAUGGAACAGAAUGAUCUUAAGGUAUACGAGUGCUGGGGAUGUUAGUGGUGCACAGAAGUUGUUUGAUACAAUGGAAGAUCGAGAUACCGUCUCGUGGAAUACAAUGCUUUCCGGUUAUAUAAAGGUAGGAGAGGUAAUGAAAGCAAGAGAGUUAUUUGAAAAAAUGCCAGAGAAGAAUGUUGUGUCUUGGACUUCUAUGAUUAGUGCUUAUGCCAAAGCUGGAGAUCUUGCUACGGCCAGAAUGUUCUUUAAUAAAAUGCCUCAAAGAAAUGUGGUGUCUUGGAAUUCCAUGAUUUCUAGCUAUGUUCAACAUGGGGAUUUUCAGGAAGCAUUGGAUCUUUUUAUCCAAAUGUUAUCAGAAGGCAUAUCUCCUGAUGGGUAUACUUUUGUAUCUGUUUUCUCAGCUUGUUCUCAUUUGGGCGAUUUAACGUUUGGCACGAGGAUACAUUACUUGAUUGAUGAUUUCUCUCAACUUGGAGUUAUUGCUGCAACUGCGCUGAUUGAAAUGUAUGCUAAAUGUGGAGACAUCAACAGAGCUUUUAAUCUUUUUAUCAAAAUAGGAAAGAAAGAUGUGUUUUUUUGGAACGUUAUGCUGAAAUCACUUGCUCUCCACGGACAAGCUCAAGAUGCUCUGAAACUAUUCUCUUUGAUGCAAAAACAAGGCCUGAAGCCAAAUGACUUCACUUUUUUAGGAGCUUUGUUUGCCUGCAGCCAUGGAGGGAUGGUUGAAGAAGGUCAAACCAUAUUUGAUAUGAUGGAGAAGGAAUAUAAAAUUAGACCUAGAAUCGAACAUUUCGGUUGUAUCGUUGAUUUGCUGAGUAGAAACGGGCGGCUAGAGGAAGCGUUGGAUGUAGUAGACAAGAUGCCAUUUGAGGCUGAUGUUGCAAUAUGGGGAGCUUUGUUGGGUGGUUGUAAGUUAAGAGGUGAUUUCAAGAGAGCAGGGGAAAUAGUUGAAAGGGCUAGGAAAUUGAGAUCAAAAGAAGGUGGAAUCCAUGUGAGCUUUUCGAAUAUGUAUGCAUCAGUCGAGCAGUGGCCAGAGGCUGUCAAUGCAAGGGAAAAAAUGGAAAAUGAUAAUAUUUUGAAGAAGACUGGACAGAGUAGUGUUAUUUAUGCACCCAAUGGAAGAUCUCAUCUUCUAUAAGAUAUUUUCAAAAGGAUCAACAACUUUAACAUUUAUUUCUAUUCUUUUUUCUGUCAGAGAUCAAAAAGUUGGGAUUUUUCA